AUGCACCACUAUUAUUCCCGGAAGCCUGCCCCGGCUGCUAAACCUUCACACCUAGUGUCCAAUGCAGCAAAUACACCUUCACAGAACCUGGCGGCUCUUCGAGGCGCGACAAGUGCUUUUGCUUCACAGCCCAAGCCCAAGCUGCCAGAUGUAAGCAACUUGCGGAAGCAGUAUGAAACCAAUCUCAAGAACGAAGACACAAGAGGAAGACCAGCUGAAGAAUGCGUCGAUGAUGUACAAACAAAUUUCUUGCAGCGAUCUCCAUCACGGGGUCGUCAUCUAAGUCCGCAGGAUGCUAUGCUCGCAGGUGCUCGCUCUGCUGCUGCCAAUCGGAGCCUUCCAGUUGCUGCUCAACGAGACCAAACCUCUUCUCUAACUGCUGCUCGUCUGGCUUCAGCAAGCUCCAGUCCUGUUAGAAAUGGGACUGGUAGCACCCCGAGGGUCGAAGAGUCUGGGUCUCUCCCUAGGGACGUUUUGCGAAAAGAAAGAACAGGAUCCAGUGAAGACAAUACCAGAUCGAAGCCAUCAAUCGCUUCAGAAUCCUACAAUCCACAGCCCAAUAGACAACUACCGACUAAAACCAUAGAUCUUGAUUUCAACAGAUUGCCAACACUGUCACUCGAACAUGCAGAUCUGGCUGUCGCAGCAAAUGCCAUCGAUGAGCCAGCUAAACGGCCGACUACCGCGAAGAUGACACGGCCUGUAGCUAUGCCACAUCCCAAAAGUAGCUCAUACAACGCAGACAAUUUACACGCUGUAGGCCUAUCACUUUCUAAGUCUCUAGAGUCUCGGUCAGCGCAGCCAAAACCUCCUAUCCCAGCACCACGCACAGGUCGACCUCCAGUAAGAAGUCUUCUUCAGGAGGACCUGACAGGCUCGCGGCAGUUACAGGGCUUAUCCAGGGAAGAUGCAAUCAAUCGUAUGGCAGAUGCUAUGGUUGCUUCUUCUCUUGCUUCUACCAGAACAUCAUCGCCCACCAAAGUUUACGAUCAUGCUUUACUUCGCAGGUCAGUCUCUGCUAAUAGCUUGUAUAAAUUGCCUGCUUCAUCUGUGAAGGGUCCUACCGUGCAUGUGUCACAGAAGCCGUUGAAGCAGACACUGAGGAAGGCCUCCCCUGACGAUGAUGAAGCCGUUGAAGUCACAAAGCGUGGACGCCGACAUCUCGUUCGCAAGCACCCCAAUAAGCAUCGCGAAGGAGACCGCAAAAGAUGGCGAGACAAGGUAACAGAAGCAGAAAGAAAGCGGUAUGAAGGAGUGUUCGCAGCCAACAGAGGCAUCCUUCUGAAGGCUACCGAUCCACGAGCAUCUCCAAGCAGGCUCGUGGAUCCCAAGUCGGAAAGCAAUCAGGUGGUUAACGUGGUUGUGAGAGACAUCUGGGAACGUAGUCGAUUGUCAGCUCAAGUCCUUGAGGAGAUUUACGACCUAGUUGCUCCGAACGAACCCUUGGUCCUUCAUCGUCAGCAAUUUGUUGUCGGAUUAUGGCUGAUCGAUCAGAAGUUGAAAGGUAGGAAGCUACCUAUUAAAGUUAGCGAGAGCGUUUGGGCAAGUGUACGGCAUUCGCAAGGUAUCAAAAUUGGCGGUCACGUGCAUUGA